AAAUGCCAAUUUUGUCAACAAUUAUAAGCCUAGAAUUCAUGUUAUUUCUUGUGCUAACACAUGCGUUGAGUGCAGCCUUUGAGAUAGUCAAUUACCAAACGACAAAAUAUACGUUCCCAGAACUUUGGCCGCAGGAGGCGGCUGCAUCCGACGCUGCCGCAUCUAAGAGAGAAAAGCAAACUGAACCGUCGGAUAGCUCCUUUAAAUUUGACAACGAUGAUGAGCUGCAGUCUGGAGAGGCAAAACCGCUACAAGAGGGCGCCUUUUGCCGGCGCAGCUUUGAUGGACGCAGCGGCUACUGCAUCCUGGCUUACCAGUGCCUUCAUGUUAUACGCGAAUAUCGCGUGCACGGCACACGUAUUGACGUUUGCACGCAUCGUAACAACGUGCCGGUCAUUUGUUGCCCAUUGGCCGACAAGCAUGUUCAGGCACAGCGCAUAAGCGCCACAAAAUGCCAGGAGUACAACAGCGCCACCAGGGAUCUGCGUCUGGGCGACACUGGGCGCAGCUUCUCAGGCAAACAGUGUGUGUCCAGUGUGCCGUUGAUAGUGGGUGGCACGCCCACACUGCAUGCCCUUUUUCCACAUAUGACUGCACUGGGUUGGACGCAAAGCGAUGGUGACAUCAAAUGGGGCUGCGGCGGGACGCUGGUCAGUGAGAAUUAUGUGCUCACGGCGGCACACUGCGCCACAUCGGGUAGUAAACCACCAGACAUGGUGCGUCUGGGCGCACAGCAACUAAAUGUGACCAGUCCUUGGCAGCAAGACAUUAAAAUACUUAUAAUAAUACUGCAUCCAAAGUAUCGAUCGUCUUCCUACUACCAUGACAUAGCGCUACUCAAGUUGACCAAACGCGCCAAACUGUCGGAGCACGUGCGUCCAGCCUGCUUGUGGCAAAUGCCUGAACUGCACAUUCAGUCGGUGGUGGCCACUGGCUGGGGACGUACUGAGUUUCUAGGCGCCAAGUCCAAUACGUUGCGCCAGGUAGAUUUGGACAUGAUAAAGCAACAGCGUUGCAAGCAAAUCUAUCGCAAGGAACGACGCCUGCCAAAUGGGAUCAUUGAUUCCCAGUUUUGCGCUGGCUAUUUGCCGGGCGGCAAAGACACAUGUCAGGGCGACUCGGGCGGACCGCUGCAUGCCAUAUUGCCCGAAAACAAUUGUGUGGCCUUUGUCGUGGGCAUUACAUCAUUUGGCAAAUUCUGUGCCUCGCCUAAUGCACCAGGCGUCUACACAAAGUUGUUUUCCUACCUGGACUGGGUGGAGAGAAUUGUGUUUAAGAAGCAUUAGAUACUAUAUAAAAACUAUUCAAUUAGAAAUAU